AUGAACGAGCAUAAUAUGAACGAGGAGAAGGAGGUCAACUUCGGACAACUCUUCUCGGAUGUGUCGCGAACUGUGGACAAGGUCAGGAGCAUGUUCAACGGUGAUGCCCCAGGCAUUCAUGUAGAAGCAGCCUCACCCAUGGUCAACGACACCACUGCACACUCGAGAAUGAGCUCCGGAUCACCUUUGGCCGGGCUUUUCGGUGGGCAAAGCACUUGUUUUAAAACCUGCGGCAUGGAGGAUAUUCAGAUCGCCGCCAAGGUGGGUUUUUGCUUGCAGAAUAGUAAAAUACGCCUAGAAUUUAUCGAAACUUAUAAUUUUUUAUUUCUUUCUGUUUCUUCUUUCCCGACCAUAAAAACACAAGAUUUGUUACCUAAAAACUAAUUUUCAAACAGAAACAUUGUCUUACUGUAUAUAUUUCGAAAUAAUAUUUUUGUGACAUUUUUCUGCGUUUCAGAGAGCCGGAGACCUUUUCGUAACACUCCAGACCUGCACCAUCAUAUUGACAGCAGUUGUCGUCACAUGCAUGGUCGUGACCAUGUUAGUUGGGUUACUAUGGUUCUAUAGACACGAACGACGUCAAUCCAUAAUGGAGAUGGAUCAGGAAUGCUCGACCAGCAAGUCGACCGUCCUUCCGCGCUACUUCAAGGAUCAUAUCUUUGGCAACGACAAAGACGACGAUAACAACGAGAAACACAAAGAGUAA